AUGAGUAGAACGCUGUCUCUUGCUGAGGUGCAAAAGCAUCGAACUGCUGAGGAUUGCUGGAUGGCACUUCACGGCAAGGUUUAUGAUAUCACUGCGUUCCUUGCUAGCCAUCCUGGAGGCAAAGCCAUUCUCCUGAAGAACUCUGGCAAAGAUGCGACGAAGGCUUUUGACUCAUUUCAUCCCAUAGAGUUGAUCGAUGAGCAUCUCAAGGAAGACCAGAUUCUUGGUACUUUUGAAGCAGGCACAGCGGAUGGGCCGUCAGAUAGUGGUAGCUCACCGGAUGCGGUGGCUCAACAGCCUGCACCUCAGGUAUCCGAGGAAUUCGUGCCUCCGGUAUCUCACAUUCUCAGCAUUUCAGAGAUGGAACAAUAUGCCAUGAAGAAACUCAGUCCUAAGGCAAUCUCAUACUAUGCGUCCGGCACCGACGACGAGGUUACAAAAAUUGGAAACGGAACCAUCUUCAGAUCCAUUCUCUUGAGGCCCCGCGUUUUUGUUGAUUGCACGCGGUGUUCUCUUGAAACUACCUUGAUUGGAAACAAAGUCGGGAUGCCCCUUUAUGUCUCUCCUGCAGCAAUGGCCAAAUUGGCUCACCCAGUAGGAGAAGCAGGCAUUGCGGCCGCGUGUUCAAAGUUCAAGGGGCUGCAAAUCAUAAGCAAAAACGCUUCCAUGUCUCCGUCGGCGAUAGUCGAGGCAGGGCCGGAUGCAACUUUCGCCUGGCAACUCUACGUCUUGAAAGACAUUGAAACCACAGAGAAGACGCUCGCUCAGAUCCGCGCUAUUCCUCAGAUCAAGUUCAUUGUGCUCACUCUAGACGCACCUUUCCCGGGCAAGCGAGAAGCAGACGAACGAUUCAAAAUGGCCGAGGUUGAGGGAGGAGCGCCACCACAGGUUUGGGGCACUGAAUCAGGCCUCACAUGGAAGAAAACCCUGGCUUGGCUCAGCAAGCACACGUCCCUGCCGAUCGUGCUAAAGGGCAUCCAAACCCAUGAAGAUGCGUAUGCGGCUACACUUUUCCCGAGCGUAAAGGGCAUCAUCAUUUCGAACCAUGGCGGUCGGGCAUUGGACACCACAAUGACACCUGUUCAAGUGCUUCUAGAAAUUCGCAAAUUUUGCCCGCAAGUUUUUGAUAAGAUCGACGUUUUGAUUGACGGUGGCGUCAAGAGAGGAACCGAUAUUGUCAAAGCAUUAGCAUUGGGGGCUAAGGGCGUUGGCAUUGGCAGAGCCGCACUUUACAGCUUGGCCGUUGGGGGGCAGGCCGGAGUUGAGAGGGCGUUACAAAUCCUUGCAGACGAGACUGUCACUGCGAUGAGGUUGCUUGGGGUUGAACGGGUAGAUCAACUUGGACCAAGACACAUUAACACGGAUGGAUUGCAACCAAGACUGUAUAGCGGGCCCUCUGGCCUUGAAGAGGUAGAGAGAGAAUUGAAGGCAAAGUUAUAA